AUGGGGAGGACGCUGGACGUGCUGCUGGGCCGAACCACCAAGCAGACGGCGCGCCUCAAGUCCCUGCUGCACCUCGCCACGAAGCGGAUGGCCGUGGUGCGCGCGCACCGGGAGGUGCGGUGCGCGCAGGCGCGGGGGGACGUGGAGCAGCUGCUGCGGCAGGGCCACCCGGACCGCGCCCUCCUCCGCGCCGAGCAGGUCAUCCGGGAGCGGGGCACGCUCGACGCCCUCCUCCUGCUCGACGCCUACUGCGCGCUCCUCGCCGACCGCUCGGCCCUGCUCGACGACGCGCACCGCGACUGCCCCGAGGAGCUGCGGGAGGCGGCGGCGCGCUGCGGGGACCUCCCCGAGCUGCAGGAGGCCCGCGCCCUCCUCGCCGCCAGGUUCGGCCGGGGCUUCGCGUCCGGCGCCGCCGAGCUGCGCGCCGGCUGUGGCGUCAGCGCCAAGCUCGUGCAGCGGCUCUCCACCGCGCUGCCCAGCCUCGAGAGCCGCCAGAUGGUGCUCCUUGAGAUCGGCGCCGACAAGGACAUCCCCGUGCGCAUCCACAGCGACGCCGCCGACUCCUACGGCCACGAGGAUUCGGACGGCCGUUCCCACCAUGGCCACAGGAAGAAGAGGCACGACGACGACGAGCGGCGGCACGCGACGCCGCGGGCCAACCAGCCGGAGGGAGACAAGGCCGCCUCGAAGCUGACAUUCAAAGACGUGGAAGAGGCGGCGCAGGCCGCGUUCGAAUCGGCUGCCACGGCAGCGGCCGCCGCCAAGGCUGCCAUAGAGCUCUCGCGAGCCGGGCCAGGGAGCUCCGACGACAGGUACCGGAGGAACGCGCAUGCCGACGACGAGGUGCUCCACGGCGGCGAUGAUCUGGCCGAUCGCAAGGCCUUCAAGAGGAUUGGACAUGUUCGGAACUACAGCUCAGACGCAGAGGAUCUCCCGGAGAAGAAACACGGAGAAGAGCAGGAUACGCCCAGGAGCUAG